AUGACCAACAGUUCAAGCUGCAACGAAACAGACCUCAAGUCUUACUAUGCCAUUACCUACACUGUCAUCCUUGUCCCAGGGCUCAUAGGCAACACACUGGCCUUGUGGGUCUUCUAUGGCUACAUGAAAGAGACUAAAAGGGCUGUGAUAUUCAUGAUCAAUUUAGCCAUUGCUGACCUGUCUCAGGUGUUGUCUUUACCCCUGAGGAUAUUCUACUACUUGACAGGGACGUGGGAGUUUGGCAAAGGUCUCUGCAUGCUUUGCUUCUACCUGAAGUAUGUCAACAUGUAUGCAAGCAUCUACUUCUUGGUGUGCAUCAGCGUGAGGAGAUACCUGUUCCUCAUGUAUCCCUUCAGGUCCAGUAACUGCAGACGCAUCUGUGAUGUCUACAUCAGCAUCAUUGGGUGGGUGUUGGUCUGUGUGGGCUGUUUGCCAUUCCCACUCCUCAGGUUCAAGGAGGAUGGUAAAAACACCUGCUUUGUGGACCUGCCUGUACAGGAACUUGACCUUCCCAUCUCCAUCAUGCUGAUGACCAUAGGGGAGUUGGUUGGGUUUGUUACACCUCUCUUCAUCAUCCUCUACUGCUCCUGGAAGACUGUCCUAUCACUCAAAGAGAAAAACUCUGCUUCACAUGACUUGGGGGAGAAAAAAAAGGCCUUGAAGAUGAUUCUCACCUGUGCCCUGGUAUUCCUCAUUUGCUUUGCACCUUACCACAUCAGCUUCCCACUGGAUUUCUUUGUCAAGACCAAGAAGAUCAAGGAUGACUGUGUGCAGCAGAAGCUGAUCUCAGUGUUUCAUGCUGUGGCUUUGUGCCUGGCCAGCCUGAACUCUUGUGUGGACCCAGUCAUCUACUACUUCACCACGGAUGAGUUCAGGAGACGCCUCUCCAGGCAGGAUCUGCAGGACAGCAUUCAGCUCAGCCACCUCAGCUUUGCCAGGAAGAACUCCAGGGAUGUGCUCAGGGAGGACACCACGGAAUACUAG